CUUUCUGCAUUCCUGGACUCUGCUCUGCCGGUGCUGAGGCUCCACCUCCGCCGAUUAGCACACAUGCCCCUGACAGCAGGCCAGUCUCUUGAUUCUGUUAUCUCUCCUGUCUUGCAGGCCCACAAUUCGAGCAUCUUGGAGACCAUGGCCGCCCCACAGCUUUUCCGAGCGUUCGUGUCUGCUCAGUGGGUGGCGGAGGCUCUGAAGUCUCCGCGCGCCUCCCAGUCGCUGAAGUUACUGGACGCAUCCUGGUACCUGCCCAAGCUGGGUCGCAACGCGCGACUCGAGUUCGAGGAGCGCCACAUCCCCGGCGCCUCCUUCUUUGACAUCGAUCAUUGCAGCGACCAAACGUCGCCGUACGAUCACAUGCUGCCUAGCGCCGCGCACUUCGCAGACUACGCGGGAAGCCUGGGCGUGGGCUCCACCACGCACGUCGUGAUCUACGAUGGAAGCGACCAGGGCCUCUACUCUGCUCCGCGGGUCUGGUGGAUGUUCCGCGUCUUCGGCCACCACUCCGUGUCGCUGCUGGACGGCGGCUUCCGCCACUGGCUGAGCCAGAACCUGCCAAUCAGCUCUGGCAAGAGUCACCCAGAGCCCGCGGAGUUCCACGCACAACUAGAUCCCUCCUUCAUCAAGACUCACGAGGACAUCCUGGAAAACCUGGAGGCCCGGCGCUUUCAGGUGGUGGACGCCCGCGCAGCUGGCCGGUUCCGGGGCACCGAGCCAGAACCCCGAGAUGGCAUCGAACCUGGCCAUAUCCCUGGCUCAGUAAACAUCCCGUUCACUGAAUUCCUGACCAAGGAAGGGCUAGAGAAGAGCCCAGAGGAGAUCCAACGCCUGUUCCAGGAGAAGAAUGUAGACCUGUCCAAGCCCUUGGUAGCCACAUGUGGCUCCGGUGUCACUGCCUGCCAUAUAGCCCUGGGGGCUUUCCUGUGUGGCAAACCUGAUGUGCCUGUCUAUGAUGGCUCCUGGGUAGAGUGGUACAUGCGUGCCAGCCCUGAGCAUAUCAUCUCCGAGGGCCGAGGGAAGACCCAGUGAAGCCAGGCAGGACACAGUACGGCUCAGGUGACAUCUGACCAUCAUGGUGCCAGCCUGGUGGCUCCAACUCUGCUUUGCCAAGAGUCCUUCCUCGGACAACUCAGGAGGUGUUUGGGGUGACAUCCAAGAGACCAGGAAUUCCAGUGACUCAUAGGCACCCAGUUGGAAGUAGCAAAGCAAGAGGUAGUAAGAGGCUACCCAGGGGAGGGAGGGAGGGAGGCCAGACAGUAGAACAGCCUGCAUGGUGCUCAGCUGGGCCCCUCCCCAGCUUAUCUCACCGUUGGAAAAUAAAACGCCAA